CCGCCUGCAGCAGAGUAUUGGCUUCAGAAACCGGGUCAGAGCGUGAAGCAGACCGAGCUGGAACCCCGAGGAACCCCUUGUCCGAGAGGAAUGACCAGCGAGUCCUCCGGGCGCCAGGGGGCGCUGGACGGCCGCUCAGAGGUCAGAGGUCAGGCGACUCACGUGUGGCGGAGGGCCGGUGGCGGAGCGGACGAGCAUCUGCUAUGCGUAAUCUGAAAUUACUGCAAAGCCUGCACUGCAGCAAAUGGCAGUGCUUGGGAGUCCCUCAGUGUCUGACCAUUCGUACGGAUACUGGAAUAGUGCUGGUGGGAUCGAACGUGGGAAUCACUGAACUUGAUCCACAUACGGAGCAGGUGGUCAACAAGGUGUCUUUGGUUGAAGAAGCGUAUCUCCCUGAAGAUGGCUCUGGGUGUAUUGUUGGUAUUGAGGAUCUACCAGAUCAGGAAUUGGUGUGCAUUGCCACUGCAUCUGGAGAUGUUAUACUUUAUACUCCAAGCACAAAUCAGCUGGAAUGCGUUGGCAGUGUCGACAGCGGACUAAGUGGGAUGAGCUGGAGUCCAGACCAGGAAUUGGUUGUACUUACCACACGACAAGAGACAAUUAUAAUGAUGACUAAGGACUUUGAGCCAGUCACUGAAGUCAAAAUUCACCAGGAUGAGUUUGGUGAAGGAAAGUUCAUCACUGUUGGUUGGGGGAGAAAGGAGACCCAAUUCCAUGGAACUGAAGGUAAAGAAGCAGCUCUUCGUAAGCUAGUGGAAGUUGAGCCAGCCCUUCCGUGGGAUGAUCAUAAGUUCCGUGUGACCUGGCGAGGUGAUGGACAGCUGUUUGCAGUUAGUGCCAUUUGUCCAUUGACAGGAUCCAGAAAGCUGAGGAUAUGGAAUAGAGAAUGUGUGCUCCAAUCAACCAGUGAACUUGUUAAUGGUCUUGAGUCUGCCCUGUGCUGGAAACCAUCGGGCAGUUUAAUUGCAUCUACACAGCGAAAGCCCAACAAACAUAAUGUUGUAUUCUUCGAACAGAAUGGUUUACUGCAUGGGGAAUUUUCACUUCCUUUUGAUAAAGACCAAGUUAAGGUAAAUGAGCUGGUCUGGAACAGUGAGUCUACUGUGCUGGCAGUUUGGCUGGAGGAUUUAAAAUCAGAUGAAGGAAACAAUGAAGGCCAGAGAAAUACAUAUGUUCAGUUGUGGACUGUAGAAAACUACCACUGGUACCUGAAGCAGAGUCUGCAUUUUGGUUAUGAAUGCAUUGUGUCCCUAAUGUGGAAUCCUGAGAGCCCCUAUCAGCUCCAUGUUCUCUGUAGCGGAUGGUGUUACUACUCCUAUAACUGGCAUUGGACGACAGAUAGAAGUAAAGGCGGUGACAGCAAUGAUUUUGCUAACAUAGCUGUGAUUAAUGGAGAUAAGGUAGAUGUCACACCUUUCCGCCAGGCAGUCAUUCCGCCUCCAAUGUGCGCUUAUCAAUUGCAAUUACCCUGCCCAGUUAAUCAGAUUAUCUUCUCCUCGGAUCCACAAAGGAGCAAUGAUUUAGCCGUCUUAACAGCUGAUAACCAGAUUUCAAUAUACCAGGCUGAUGAUGGUGCGAAUCAAGAUUGCACCACUAAUACAGAAGCUAUUGGAGGAAGAGGAAUGACAAAGCACUUUACAAAUCCCAAACUGGUCAAAAUAUGCAGAAUUAAUUUUGAAGAAGAACAUAGUGACUGUCUGAAGCCUUUGAAGUUACGUUUUAUAACCUGGAUAAGCGAAAAUAAGUUUUUGAGUGUGUUUCAAGGUCUGACCACAUCCCAGUCUGUUGUGUGUCAGUUGGUAACUUCAUCAGACGAUAAUCAAGAGGGAACACUAUGGAUCAGGAGUCCCAUAUCUGUUGAUGGGCAGAUUAUCAACCUCUGCCACAACCAUAAGACACAGACUGUGGCCUUGGAACUCUCUAAUGGACAGAUCCUAAGAUACAUGUGGGAUACUGAGUCCUCUGAGCCAUGUGUCAAACCAUGGAGGUCAGCUGAUGGAUGUCUGGUACGAUUUUCUCAGCCUUGUGUACAGACAGCUCUAUGUAAAAUUGAAGGCGAGGAAGUGGUAUUGGGUCUGACAGAAAAAUCUCGUUUUUUUGUUAAUGUGUCAGAGAUAGCUUCCAAUGUUAAUUCAUUUAUAGUACACGAUGAGUUCCUGCUAUUCACAACCCAUUCUCACACUUGUCGCUGUCUCAAUCUUAGGACUGCUUCAUUAAAAGCUUUGCUGCAUCUUUCAAGCAGUGAUUCCCAGCCAAAUGAUGAGACAGUUCGCAGAGUGGAAAGGGGAUCUCGUAUAGUGACUGUGGUACCUCACGAUGCCAAACUCAUUUUACAGAUGCCACGAGGAAAUCUGGAAGUUAUUCAUCACAGAGCAUUAAUUCUUGCCCAGCUCAGAAAAUACCUGGACAGGCUAAAGUUCAAGGAGGCCUUUGAAUGUAUGAGAAAACUGAGAAUAAAUCUUAAUCUUAUCUAUGAUCACAAUCCAAAGGUCUUUUUAGAAAAUAUGGAGAAUUUCUUGCAACAGAUCACUUCCAUAAGUUACAUCAACUUGUUCCUGACUGAACUGAAAGAGGAAGAUGUCACAAAAACGAUGUACCCAUAUGUCUCAAACUCAUCUACUUCUGCACCUGAGAUUGGGAGUAAAGUGGACACAAUCUGUGAUGCAUUGCGAACUGCAAUGGAGAGAAUAAACCCUCACAAGUACUGUUUGCCUAUACUGACCUGCCACGUACGAAAGAGUGUUCCAGAACUGGAAACUGCUCUCCAGAAAGUCCAUGAGCUCAGGGUGAAUCCUCCAAGUGACCCUGAGGCAGUCAGUACUGAGGAAGCCCUGAAAUAUCUCCUCUUUCUAGUAGAUGUUAAUGAACUGUAUGAUCAUGCACUGGGUACAUAUGACUUCGAACUGGUGAUGAUGGUAGCAGAAAAAUCACAAAAGGAUCCAAAGGAAUAUCUACCAUUUUUAAAUAAAUUAAAGAAAAUGGAGGCUAAUUACCAGCGAUAUACCAUUGAUAAAUGUUUGAAGCGUUACAUUAAAGCUGUCAAGCACCUAAGUAAAUGUGGUCGUCAGCAUUUCACUGAGCUUCUAAACUUGGUAAAGGACCAAAAGAUGUACAGUGAUGCCUUAAAAUUAUUCCCGGCAAACAGCCAAGAAUACAGGGACAUUAAUGUUGCAUUUGGCGAGUACCUCAUCGAGAAGCAAUACUUUGAGCAGGCAGGGCUGAUCUUCACACGAUCUGGGGAAUAUGAAAAGGCACUGAAUGCUUUCCUGCAGUGCUGCAAUUGGCAGCAGGCCCUUUGCAUGGCUGCUCAGCUCCACUAUACUGAUGACAAAAUGAUUAACAUAGCACGCACCUUAGCAGGGCGAUUGAAGGAACACCGCAGAUAUUCUGAGGCAGCCUUAAUCCUGGAACAGUAUGCUCAGGACUGUGAAGAAGCCAUUACAUCAUUUUUAGAAGGAUGUGCCUGGGAAGAGUCAUUAAGACUGAUUUAUAAGUACAACAGGAGUGAUAUUUUGGAAACAAACCUGAAACCUUCCAUAUUGGAAGCCUAUAACAACCAGGUGGCAUUCCUCGAUUCUCAAAAAAUAUUAUUUAUUCGUCAUAAAUCUCGCCUUAAAAUUGUACGGGAAAUGAAACUGAAAGCACAAGAAGGAUUGUUAGAUGAGGAAAUGGCUGAUGGCCCAGAUUCUGAUCUGUAUUCAGAAAGAAGCAGUUUGUGGUCAGCGGGUGGAAUGAGCUCCAAAUAUUCACACAGUAACUCCAGGAUAUCAGCGCGGAGUUCAAAAAACCGUCGUAAAGCAGAACGAAAGAAGCACAGCUUGAAGGAGGGGAGUGCUAUGGAAGACAUAGCACUGCUGGAAGCAUUGAAAGAAAUAAUAUGUACAGUGGACAAACUGACAGGUGAAGUUCACAGCUUACUGAAAGUUUUGGUCCUUUUUGGCUUUGAUGAUCAGGCUUCAGAGCUGCAAAAAGUUCUUGAGGGCAUCCUACAGCUAAUGGAAAAGUCAAUUGCAGACAUCUGGCACUCUGAUGUGAAGAAAUCCACUCUCUGUCCAGUUCUUGGCCCAGAUUCUACUGUGAAUAGUAUUACCAGCUCCCUCCAAUGGCCAAGAAGUGGAACAACAGCUCACCAAGAUGAAGAGAUCUUUGUUCCACCCAAGCUCAGUAAGAACAUGAAGUGGAAGCUGAAUAUUCUAUGAAUUAACUCCAGUCAACCAUAUCACCAUCUUUGGUCUGUGUAUGAUGCAGUCAACAUUACAUAACUGGCUUGUGAAAAUGAUUAACAGUGGUGGAUGCACAACAGGAAUAUGGAUGCUUUCUGCAGAUACGAAGGAUGACCAUGACAUUAUGUCAAUCAUAAUCACAGUAAUAUUAACCAUCAGUUCAAAAUCUUGGUCGACUGUUAUAUCCUUGUAAAAUAAAAAUCUGUAUUUUAUUUUCUUUUACAAAUGA